ACCAGUAAGGAGCUGAGGAUUUACUGACCUGCAGAGAAAGAGCACAUUAGAGGGGAGUUAUGAGGGUGGGAGCAGCAACCUUGGCGGGGGGGAUAUUUGGAAUAUUAGGGACUCUGUGUUUCUGUGUAGCUUUUGGUACAGACUACUGGCUGGUGGCCAGUGACAACUGUGGACCGUACACAUGGCCCACACAGACAACACUGAUGGGAACAGAUGCCAAUGGGACUGAGAUCCUGAUAGUGGAAACCAUCACUUCCUCUCCUCCGUCGCUCACUCUGCACCAUGAAGGCUUCUUCUGGCGCUGUGUGUUUCAGGUGGAGCCCACAGCACAUGCAGUCCUCGCCACUCUCUUUACAAAUCAACCCGAAUCUAAGGUCUGUAUCCACGGCUACCUCUUCCCUCUCCCUGUUGCACUUGGACAAGUACCUCAUCCAAGCUAUGAUGCUACGGCAGUGUUCCGUGGUUUCUGGACCGUGCUGAUAAUCCUUGGCCUGGUUGCAGCUCUCGCUGGAGGCUUCCUCUUGGUCUGUGGAGUUCCCUUUUUCAGCCAUAAGCUGUACAGACUGGGCGGUGCUUUCCUCAUCACCGCCGCCUGCUUGUUCCUGUUCAUACUGCUGCUCUACGUCCUGUGGAUUGAGGUGGUGGAUGUGAAGCGUUACGUCCUGCAGGAAAGAGGAGACACCUGCCUGAAUGCAGAGGUCUCAGUUCUCUAUGGUUUAUCAUUCAUGGUGGCUGCUGCAGGCGUGCCUCUGGAGCUCAUCUCUGGGAUGGUCUUCAUGCUGGUGGCCCGUGCGUUGCGUGCCAGCAAGUGAGCCUUCCACUCGGCCUGUAGGUUAAGAAAAGACUGACCUUUUUACGUCCUGCUCUGAGACUCAGCUGCACACUUGUGGGAUGUAAAUUCUGUCUGUAACGACAGGAUUGAUGUCACAGCAACACCCUUUGGAUGUCAAGUUGCAUGCAGAAUGCAUGAUUAUGUUUCUAUAACUGUCUUUACUUUGUAUUUUUAUAAAAAUGAUGAAUAGGUCAAGAUGAAGUACCACAAUAUCAGAUUUAGAUUUGAAUUGCCAUGAUAUCAUACCAGACGUUUAUUGUUCUGAGACUUUUUUAAAACAGUAUCAUGUUGGUAUAAAUGUUUCUUCU